GGUAUAUUUCCGAUUUUCUGCUAUCGAUAAUUCCGAGGUCACAGCUGUAAAUAAAUUAAUUUUUGUAUAUUUUAAUUUGUUAUUUGCGAAAUAAUGCCAUGUCGUACUCCAUCAAAAGUGGUGACCCAGCAGCAAAUGCCUCGAUGCACGUGGAAGACAAUAACGAACACCUGACUGUCCAGGAGUCUGCAUUCCUUUGUAACUUUUGUAGGAAUGUAUACGCGACAGAAGAGGCUUACGAGGAGGACCAUCGCUGUGGCAGCUGCCUCAGCGGCAUUGGCGUUGAAUGCAUAGAAGAUAUGGAUUUGGUUGAGGAAGAGAAAGAGGAGGAGGAAAUAGUGGAGGCGGAUGUGCCCCUGUGGGACGUGGUGGAUGGCGAUCGCGUCGAUGCAGAGUCGGAACGUUACUUUUGCUUUGAUUGCCACAUCAUAUACGAGAGCCACAGCAGUGCUGAAAAUCAUGUGUGCCCCCCAGAAGGGACUAGCAAUGGAGCCAGCCAAAAGGCUACCAUGUCCAAGCAGCCCGUCCGACGCAAAGUUCCUGGUGCCGGAGCAACAGCAGGCCCUAACGGAGAUAGUCCCAAGUUUAUUUGCAAAGUUUGCAAUACCAUUUUCAAUGCGCAAAAGAGUCUCAAGUUCCACAUGCGCAUACACGACGAGCGCAAGCCGAAGCGGAUUCAGGAUGCCCUUCCCGUGGGCGCUCAUCAGGAGUAUAGCGAACUGGAUCUGUUUUUCUGCGAGAUCUGUCAAAGAGAGUUUGAUUACGGCCUCAAGACGAUUCACCAGAAGAUGCACGUUGAGGCGCCGAGCAAGUUUGUGUGCAGCACUUGCAAUCGCCAAUUCGAAACCUCCACCAACUACCAAUUGCAUUUGAAGAUGCAUCAGAAGAAGCAAGCGGAACCUUCUGCUGCGGCGUCGAAAAAGGGGCCCGUGGACAAGAGUAAAGCACAAUUUCCAUGCCAGUACUGCGACAAGGUGUUCUACCGCCCAUUCGAGAAGGUCAAACACGAACGAAUUCACACAGGAGAGAAACCCUACCGCUGCGAGGCGUGCGGCAAAACGUUUCGCGUCUCGUACUCUCUCACCCUGCAUCUGCGCUCCCACACAGACAUUCGGCCGUACGUGUGCAUUGUCUGCAAUAAGCGUUUUAAAUUGCAGUCAAAUUACGCCCAUCACCUCCUCACCCAUGGCGCUGAGCGUCAGUUUUCCUGUGAUAUAUGCUCCAAGUCCUUCCGUACAUCGGUGCAGUUGAACGGCCAUAGGAAUUCGCACACCAAGCCAUUCGAGUGUGAGAUUUGCAAUCGACCCUUUGCCUCGCUGUAUGCCGUCAACAAUCACAUGAAAACGCACAAGAAUGAUAAAGGCAGCAAAAGUGCCACUGUGGUUGUGUCUGCUGAAAAGGGAGACGAAUCUAUCAAGAUUCUAGCUGGUGGCAAGUGCUCUUGCAGUGAGUGCGGGGCAGAGUACUCGCGCGCUUAUGCGCUGCGCCAGCACCUAAAAUCGGCUCACGGAAAGGUGUUGGGUUCCGAUGCACAGAAGAAUGAGCAAACUUCCCUUAAGAGCCCACAAGUGGCCGAGGCAGACGACUCUGAGGCGGCAAUACGCAUAGCAGCAGCAGAGGCAGAUGCUGCAUACAUGAAUGCGGUGGUAAACGACGUGGACGUCAGUGGCAGCGUGCCCACCUACCAGGAGGCCGUUGAGUUCGAUGUAGACAACUUCGACAGCGAAGAGAUCAUCAGUGAUUGGCUGAAAUAAAUGGCUUAUCAUGAUUUGUAGAUGUUUGUAUUUUCCUACUGAAUAAACAUAAAGAGAAUCGUUUA